AUGGUCGCAACGCUCUCGAAGUUCCGCACAGGAACGCCGGCAGCUAGCUUCUACAGGGAAGCGUCUGAGGCACUUCGCUCAGGCGCCAAUGCUCGCAACGUCCACGUCAGAUGCGCGCACCCGCAGGUCGUGAACGGCAAGGCGUAUAAAAGCGAAAACGGCAGGGGUGACGGUCGCCCUGCCACUCCUGAAGCCAGAAGAGAGCAGCUGCGUGACCCCCCACCUAGCAGUGAGAGGCAAUCACGUGGACCUCCCCUAAGUGAGGCUGAGAAGGAGGAGCUGCGCAGCGAGAUGAGCACGCUGUCCAAGCGGGUGCAGGAGUUUGCGGGGCGGUGGGACCCGACGUGCGAAGACGCGGUGGACGUCGUCUUUGCGUCGCGUUAUGGCCAGCAGCCGCUCCCCAAGUACGCCAUCUCGGAGAACGAGCUGGGCAAGGACGCGGCGUACCAGGUGAUUGCGGACCACCUGCAGAUGGACGGCAAGCCGCGGCUCAACCUGGCCAGCUUCGUGACGACCUGGAUGGAGCCCGAGUGCGACAAGCUGCUCACCGAGGCCUUCAACAAGAACCUCGCCGACCUUGACGAGUACCCCGCCUCCGCGGAGCUCGAGAAGCGGUGCGUCAACAUCAUCGCGCGGCUGUUCAACGCGCCGCUGGAGGAGAACGAGAUGGCGCGCGGCACGUCCACCAUCGGCUCGUCGGAGGCCAUCAUGCUGGCGGGGCUGGCCAUGAAGCGGCGCUGGCAGAACCGGCGGAAGGCGGCUGGCAAGUCCAUCGACAAGCCCAACAUGGUUGUCGGCUCCAACACGCACGUCGCCGUCGAGAAGUUCGCGCGCUACUUCGACGUCGACACUAAGGUGAUCAACGUGGAUUCGGACGGGUGGGUGAUGCGGCCCGAGGAUGCCGUGGGAGCUUGCGACGAGAACACGAUUGGCAUCUUCGCCAUUGUGGGGACGACGUACACCGGGCACUUUGAGGAUAUUAAGGGCAUGAACGACCUGCUGGAGGACAAGAAUCGGGAGACCGGGUGGAACGUGCCCAUCCACGUGGACGGCGCGAGCGGGUCGUUCGUGGCGGCGUUCGCGCACCCGGAGCUGGCGGUCGACUUCCGGCUGCCGUGGGUGAAGAGCAUCAACGUGAGCGGGCACAAGUACGGGCUGACCUACCCGGGCGUCGGGUGGGCCAUCUGGCGCACGCGGGACGACCUGCCCGAGGACCUGCUCUUCCACGUCAACUACCUCGGAUCCGAGCAGGCGACGUAUACUCUCAACUUUUCAAAAGGAUCUGGGGGCGUGGUCGCGCAAUACUACCAAUUCAUCCGGCUUGGACACAAGGGGUUCAAGAAGAUCAUGGAUAACUGCAUCGCGAACUGUCGCUACCUGACCGAGCGCAUCGAGCAGCUGGGAGCCUUCGAGAUCAUCUCUUCCGCGGCAGACAUUCCGGCCACUCCGCUCGUCGCGUUCCGCGUGAAGGACCCCAGCCGCUUCAACGAGUACGACUUCGCGAAGAACCUGCGGCGCCACGGCUGGAUCGUCCCGGCCUACUCGCUCCCUCCAACCGGGGACGGCCCGACCUGCACCGCACUCAGGGUCGUCGUCCGGGAGGACUUCUCCCGGGGGCUCGCCGACUGGCUGGUGCAAGACAUGCAGACGCUCCUCGAGGAGCUCAACGGGCUGCCCAGCAAGACGGCAAUGCGCGCGGCGAAGCAGAUUGAGAACAUGGCGCUGAACGAGUCAGACACGCUUCAGAUCUCAAAGGACGCGGUCCUGGAAGCACACAAGAAAGAGGGGCGCAUGAAGGAUGAAGACACUGACGGGGAUGGACGGAGAGUCGAGAAGAAGGGAUCACACGUGGUGAACAAAGAGAACCCGAUUUGUUAGAAAGUGGGCGGAGGUAAUAGUGGGCGGUUUGAAACAGGUGAUUUUAUGCAGAGCACUACCCGAGUGAUUGUAACAUUACCGAAUUCGUUCGCCAUUUUUGACUCAGCAGGGGCUUGAAAAUUUCAGGCUAGGGGCGCGAGUUCGUCCAUCCACCUUGGGUCGCAUCUGCGGAGACUGAUCGCGAUGUUUGUAUUCUUUGGGAAAGGUACCAUUCUUGUAGGUAGUGACAAAAGAAGUCGUGGUACGUAAGGCUCGGGAAACUGUUUCGUAGGUAUAGUCUAUGGCCGAUGUGGUAGGAUUGGGUCACGCGCAAUGCACUUGUACAUGAAGAGAUUUACAGCAGCCUGGUAUGAAAUUAUGUCUGAUAGUUUGCGCUAAACACACGUCUAAUUGAAGGUGCG